GUAUAGUAUAGUCUGUGACAAUAACUUCACACCAAAUGAAUGUGUUUUACUAUGGAAGCAAAGUGAUAGAUAGAGAGCCUCUCCCUCCUUUAUUAAAAAAAAACUAAAUCCAUUGCCCCUUUUACAACUCCCUCCCUCUCUCUCCCCCCCGCAUCUUAAAACAACCAAACAAACACUAUUCAAACUCUUUCACAAUUCCCUUCCUAAAUCUCCAAAUUUCAACUUUUACUCCCUGCUAGUUACUCGUCUCAGCUCAACUCGGUCCGUCGGUCGGUGAGCCGGACUUAUCUGGAUCUGGCCGGAAUAUUUGUCUUCCCGCCAACAUAUUGAUUUUUCCCACUUCUCUCACAGGGAAGUUGUUGUCAUGCAAAAAGAUUUGAUUUUUAUCGGUUGGAUAGUGAGAUCUGUGCUUUCUAAAUUUUGCAUUUUCAUCAUCUCUGCUUGGAAUGAUAGGGAGAGGUGAAGUCAGGACUUAUUCAGCUGCAGCUGCAGUAAGAAUUGAAAAAGAGCAAGUGCAUUUGUUCAGUGAGUUUCUUUAGAGCUGAAAUACUAAGCAGUUGACUCAUGAAGAACGGUAUGGCAGAAUGCGCUGUCUGUCAUUCCAAACUGGUUUCUCCAACUGUAAAAACUAUUUCAAGGGCAUAUGAUCGACACAGAAGCAAGAUUUCAUCAAAGCAACGUGCUCUCAAUGUCCUAUUGGUUGUAGGAGAUUGUAUGCUGGUUGGUUUACAGCCUGUUUUAGUAUUUAUGUCAAAAGUGGAUGGAAAAUUCAAGUUUAGUCCCGUAAGUGUCAACUUCUUGACAGAGGCGACAAAAGUCGUCUUUGCAAUAAUAAUGCUUUUAAUCCAGGCCAGGCAUCAAAAGGUUGGAGAAAAGCCACUUCUUUCAAUAUCCACAUUUGUACAGGCUGCACGAAACAAUGUGCUUCUUGCUGUACCAGCACUACUCUAUGCCAUAAAUAACUACCUAAAGUUCAUCAUGCAGUUAUAUUUCAACCCAGCAACAGUGAAGAUGCUAAGCAAUCUGAAGGUUUUGGUUAUUGCAGUGCUGUUGAAAUUUAUCAUGAAACGGCGAUUUUCCGUUAUUCAGUGGGAGGCUCUUGCUUUGUUGCUAAUUGGGAUAAGCAUUAAUCAACUUCGAUCCCUUCCUGAAGACACUACUUCUUUGGCUCUUCCAGUUACCACAAUUGCAUACAUCUAUACAAUGAUUUUUGUAACUGUGCCUUCUAUGGCCUCAGUAUUCAAUGAGUAUGCUUUGAAGAGUCAAUAUGACACUAGCAUAUAUCUCCAGAACUUAUUUCUAUAUGGAUAUGGUGCUAUAUUCAACUUUCUAGCCAUUCUUGGGAUUGCUGUAUUUAAAGGUCCUGGUAGCUUGGAUAUUUUUCAGGGUCAUUCGAAGGCAACCAUGCUUCUAAUUGUUAACAAUGCAGCGCAAGGAAUUCUGUCGUCCUUUUUUUUCAAAUAUGCUGAUACGAUUCUGAAGAAGUAUUCUUCGACCGUUGCAACAAUAUUUACAGGCAUAGCAUCUGCUUUGUUGUUUGGUCAUACACUGACCGUAAACUUUCUUCUUGGGAUUUCUGUUGUUUUCAUCUCAAUGCAUCAGUUCUUUUCACCUCUUUCAAAAGUUAAAGAUGACCAACAAAACGGGACAGUGGAGCUGAUUGAGGUCCGGGAGAACCAUAGCCCUAAAGAUUCAUCCUUUGUAAAUAUGGCAGCAGGAGCAAAUGAGGAGGCAAGUCAUCGAGUAGGACCUGAUGAAAGACAGCCACUUCUUCCAAGAUGAAGCUACUUGAACUGUCAUUUGUAGCACAUUUUGUGGUGAGCAUUUACAGGGAGUGUAGAAUACAAGGUCAUUCAGUGUAAUAUCGAGAACAAAUAAAAGAAGAAACAGUGUUGUUGUCUCUCUUUUUCUUCUCUCCAAAAUGUGGUCAAUCCCUCUGCUUCAUGGGAUUGUUUCUCCUGGAGAGAAGGAUAUGUGAGGUAGACAGACAACAGCAGUAUAGUUGUCAUGCAAUACAAAUACGAGCCUACCUAUGUUGUAUAAGUUACAAAAAGACUUGUAGUGUUUGUUACACAUGAUUUUCUUGUAAACAGUUUACAGUUAUCAAUUCUUUCAUAUAUUCUUGUAAUCAAUUCGAAUUUUGAUGAUAGAUCAGUGUUGAUGUUUAUUUACAAGGAUGUGUUAGAUUAUGCUAUCUCGGCCUUGUGAAUUUGGAUAAUGUACUAAAUUGAAGUAAA